GGAGGGAGCCUGCGAGGAUUUCCUGAGCGCGAGGAGCGGGAGGGGGCAGGGGCAGGAGGGCACGGAGCGAGGACCCUGAACCUGCCGGGGCCGAGCUCCCGGGCCCGCGAGGCCAGCGCCUCCCCUCGCGCGCCCGGCGCCCGGUCCCCCGGCCCCCGCCCCUCUCCUGGGCCGCAGGGAAGCGAGCCUGGGAGGAAGAAGAGGGUCCGCGGGAGGCUCGGAGCGCGCCAGGCGGACACUCUUCUCAGUUCCUCCUCAGCAGCGGCGGCAGCUCGGAGCGGCUCCGGGGCUCGGGGACAGCGGCCAGCGGAGUGCCGGGCGGCGAGGAGUGGCCGAGGAAGUGGUUGUCUCCUGGCUGGAGCCGCGGAGAGGAGCGCUCCGGGCGCAGGACAGGAGCGCGCGCGGCGGGCUGAGGCGGCGGCGGAGCGCGGGAGGACGAGUGCUGGCGACCGGGUGGUCGGCCGCGAGGAGCGCAGGCACCGGGGGCGAGCAGGCCGCUUCGCGCUCACCAUGGUCAGCUGCUGGAACACCGGGGUCCUGCUGUGCGCGCUGCUCGGCUGUCUGCUUCUCACAGGAGCUAGUUCAGGUUCAGAAUUAAAACGUCCUGAACUGAAUUUAAAAGGCACCCAGCACGUCAUGCAAGCCGGACAGACACUGUACCUCAAAUGCAGAGGAGAAGCGGCUCUCUCAUGGUCUUUGCCUAAAUUGGUGAGUAGAGAGAGCGAAAGCGAAAGGCUGAACAUCUCGAAAUCCACCUGCGGAAGGAAUGGCAAACAGUUCUGCAGUACCCUGACCUUGGACGCAGCUCAGGCCAACCACACUGGCUUGUACACCUGCAGAUACCUAACUAUCCCCACUUCAAAGAAGAAGGAAACACAAUCUUCCAUCUAUGUCUAUGUUAAUGAUGCAGACAAGCCUUUUGUAGAGAUGUACACAGAGAUUCCUGAAGUUCUGUACAUGCACGAGGGGCGGGAGCUUGUCAUUCCCUGCCGGGUCACAUCACCCAACAUCAACGUUACUUUAAAACAGUUUCCAAGUGAUCAAGUGAUCCCCCAUGGGGAAAGGAUAACCUGGAACAGCCGGAGGGGCUUUAUAGUAUCAAGUGCCACGUACAAAGAAAUAGGGAUCCUGUACUGCGAAGCAUCAGUCAACGGACAAGUGUAUAAGACACACUAUCUUAUACAUCGGCUAACCAAUACAAUCUUGGAUGUCCAAAUGAGCACCCCGAGCCCAGUCAAGCUACUCAAGGGGCGCGCUCUGAACCUCAACUGCACUGCCACCACUCCCCUCAACACCAGAGUGCAGAUGACCUGGAGUUACCCCGGGCAAACAAGUAAGAGGGCUUCGGUCAGGCAACGAAUUGACCAAAGCAGUGCCCAUGCCAAUGUAUUCUACAGUGUUCUUGUUAUUGAUCAAGUGCAGAACAGAGACAAAGGACUUUACACUUGUCAAGUGAAGAGCGGACCGUCGUUCAGAUCUGCCAGCACCUCAGUGCACGUGUACGACAAAGCAUUCAUCACUGUGAAACAUCGGAGACAGCAGGUGCAUGAAACUGUAGCAGGCAAGAAGUCUUACCGGCUCUCCAUGAAAGUGAAGGCAUUUCCCUCACCAGAAGUGAUAUGGUUAAAAGAUGGGUCACCUGUCACUGAGAAAUCUGCUCGCUAUUUGGUCCAUGGCUAUUCAUUAAUUAUCAAAGAUGUAACUGCAGAGGAUGCAGGCGAUUACACCAUCUUGCUGCGCAUAAAGGAGCAAAAUGUGUCUAAAAACCUCACGGCCACUCUAAUUGUAAAUGUAAAGCCCCAGAUUUAUGAAAAGGCCGUGUCAUCAUUUCCAGACCCGACUCUCUACCCACUGGGCAGCAGACAAAUCCUGACUUGCACCGUCUAUGGCGUCCCUCAACCUAUAAUCCAGUGGUUCUGGCUCCCCUGUAACCAUAAUCAUUCCAAAGCAAGGUAUGAUUUUUGUUCCAAAAAUGAAGAAGCGUUUCUCCUGGAUCCUACCAGCAACACAGGAAACAGAAUUGAGAGCAUCACUCAGCGCACAGCAAUAAUAGAAGGAAAGAAUAAGACCGCCAGCACCUUGGUUGUGGCAGACUCCAGAAUUUCUGGAAUCUACAGUUGCAUGGCUUCCAAUAAAGUGGGGAGUGUGGAAAGAAACAUGAGCUUUUAUGUCACAGACGUGCCAAAUGGAUUUCACGUUCACCUGGAAAAAAUGCCUGCGGAAGGAGAGGACCUGAAACUCUCGUGCACGGUCAACAAGUUCCUGUACAGAGACGUCACUUGGAUUUUGCUGCGGACAGUUAACAACAGAACAAUGCGCCACAGCAUUCGCAAGCAAAACAUGGCCGUCACGAAAGACUACUCGGUGACUUUGAACCUGCUCCUCAAGAACGUGUCCCUGGAAGACUCGGGCACCUACGCCUGCAGAGCCAGGAACGUAUACACAGGGGAAGAAACCCUGCAGCAGAAAGAAGUGACAAUCAGAGACCAGCAAGCGCCAUCCCUCCUGCGAAACCUCAGUGACCACAGAGUGAGUGUCAGCAGCUCAACCACGUGGGACUGCUUUGCUAGCGGGGUCCCAGAGCCCCAGAUAACCUGGUUUAAAAACAACCACAAAAUACAGCAAGAGCCCGGCAUUAUUUUAGGACCAGGAAGCAGCACGCUGUUUAUUGAAAGAGUCACUCCAGAGGAUGAGGGCGUCUACCAAUGUAGGGCCAGCAACCAGAAGGGCUCCGUGGAAAGUUCGGCAUACCUCACCGUGGAAGGAACCUCAGACAAGUCCAGCCUGGAGCUGAUCACACUGACCUGCACCUGCGUGGCUGCCACUCUCUUCUGGCUCCUGCUAACUCUCUUCAUCCGAAAGCUGAAAAGGUCUUCUUCUGAAAUGAAGACCGACUACUUGUCGAUUAUCAUGGACCCGGAUGAAGUGCCCCUGGAUGAGCAGUGUGAGCGGCUCCCUUACGAUGCCAGCAAGUGGGAAUUCGCCCGGGAGAGACUCAAACUGGGCAAAUCGCUUGGCCGAGGGGCUUUUGGAAAAGUGGUUCAAGCAUCUGCGUUUGGCAUUAAGAAAUCCCCCACCUGCCGGACAGUGGCCGUGAAGAUGCUGAAAGAGGGAGCCACGGCCAGCGAGUACAAAGCCCUGAUGACUGAGCUCAAGAUCUUGACCCACAUUGGCCACCAUCUGAACGUGGUUAACUUGCUGGGAGCAUGUACCAAGCAAGGAGGGCCGCUGAUGGUGAUUGUGGAAUACUGCAAAUAUGGCAACCUGUCCAACUACCUCAAGAGCAAACGGGACUUAUUCUUUCUCAACAAGGAGGCAGCAUUACACAUGGAGCCAAAGAAAGAAAAACCGGAGCCAGGCCUGGAACAAGACAAGAAACCCAGACUAGACAGCGUCACCAGCAGCGAGAGCUUCGCGAGCUCCGGCUUCCAGGAAGAUAAAAGUCUGAGCGAUGCUGAGGAAGAGGAGGACUUGGAUGAGUUCCACAAGCAGCCCAUCACCAUGGAAGAUCUGAUUUCGUACAGUUUUCAAGUGGCCAGGGGCAUGGAGUUCUUAUCGUCCAGAAAGUGCAUUCAUCGGGACCUGGCAGCCCGGAACAUUCUUUUAUCUGAGAACAAUGUGGUGAAGAUUUGCGACUUUGGCCUCGCCCGGGAUAUUUAUAAGAACCCCGAUUAUGUGAGAAAAGGAGAUACUCGACUUCCUCUGAAAUGGAUGGCUCCGGAAUCCAUCUUCGACAAAAUCUACAGCACCAAGAGCGACGUGUGGUCCUAUGGAGUCCUGCUGUGGGAAAUCUUCUCCCUAGGUGGGUCUCCAUACCCAGGAGUGCAGAUGGAUGAAGACUUCUGCAGCCGGCUCAAGGAAGGCAUGAGGAUGCGGGCGCCUGACCACGCGACCCCUGAAAUCUACCAGAUCAUGCUGGACUGCUGGCACAAAGACCCAAAAGAAAGGCCCAGGUUUGCAGAGCUUGUAGAGAAACUCGGCGAUUUGCUGCAAGCGAAUGUUCAGCAGGGUGGGAAAGACUACAUCCCCCUCAAUGCCAUCCUGACUGGAAGCAGUAAGUUUCCGUACUCCGCUCCUGCCUUCUCCCAGGACUUCUUCAAGGAGGGCGUGUCGCUUCCCGGGUUUGAUUCAGGAAGCUCUGAUGAUGUCAGAUACGUGAACACUUUCAAGUUCAUGAGCCUGGAGAGAAUCCAAACGCUGGAAGAACUUGCGCCACACACCACCUCCGUGCUUGACGAUCAUCAGGUGGACAGUGGCACACUGCUGGCCUCCCCGCUGCUGAAGCGCUUCACCUGGACUGAAAGCAAACCCAAGGCCUCGCUGAAGCUCGACUUGCGAGUGACCAGCAGAAGCAAGGAGUCGGGGCUUUGUGACAUCCCCGGGCCACCUGUCUGCCACGCCAGCUGCGGGCACCUCAGCCGAGGCCGGCGCAGGUUCACGUUCGCCAACGCGGAGCUGGAGCAGAAGACGGCUCGCUGCUCGCCGCCCCCCGACUACGACUCGGUGGUCCUGUACUGCACCCCGCCGGUCUAGAGCCCGAGGGGAAGCCUUCCGUCUAGAAGCACAUGUGUAUUCACACCCCGAAAGCUAGCUUUUGCCAGUAUUAUGCAUAUAUAAGUUUACACUUUUUCCUUUUCACAGGAGUGAGCUGCUUUUUGUGAGUUUUUAAUAGUGCUUUUUUUUUUUUGGACUAACAAGAAUGUAACCCCAGAUCAAUUAGAGAAAUAGUGACAAGUGAGGAACACUACUGCUCAAUCCUCAUAUUACUCGCUGUGUUGGCAAAAUCCCUUCGAAGCCCCGUGACGCACCUGCUCCAACCCCUGAGACGUCAGGCACACGCAUGCGCUUUGGGGCGUGCACUAUGGACGCCGCUGGGCCAGCCCCACAGCCCCGGAGCCAGGGGACAACAAGGCCUGUGCUGGAGGGAUCGCUCUCUGGCCGAAACGUGGCCUGUGGAAUCCUCUGGGAGGCAGGUGUAAGAUGUGGGAGAGAGAAAAGGGGAAAGAGAGAAAAAGGAGGGGAAGAACCAGGAGAGGGUCCAAGAUGGAACUAGAGGCAUGUCAGGCCCUCGGGUGGCGUCCAGCCACGGCCCCUGUGCCCAGACAGUGCAGCGAUAAGGGGACGGUGGCUGGGUUCUGGGAGGCAGGAAAAGGACAAACCGUUUUUGGAACUCAAGUAGAUGUCAGAGCUUCGCCUGUGGGAACAGGUCUGUGCCCGCUUGCACACGUGGCCUGUUUCGAGUUUUAGCACUGAGGAUGGCGGGUGGGCUCCUCUGGCGGAUACACUGGGAACUUAGCAGGGCUCGGCCUGCUCCGGGCCUCUGCAGCACGCUGUUCAGGAGGAGCCCUGCGGGAUUAGUUUGGUUGGCAGGGUUGUCCACUAUGGGGCUCAAAGCCAUAUGUUUAAAAAUGACGUCAGAUUGUAUUUCCAAGAUUAAUGUAUAGUCAAGACACUAGCUUUGUUUCGUGUUCUAUCGUUUUGUACAGUUAGCUGCAAAAGGAAGCUGAGGCGACUGGAGAUGCAGUCUUGCAGGGGGUUUUCUCUGGAUGAAAACUAGCACAAAUGGGGAAAAACAAGGCAGGGCGCAAACUCCGUCUCUAUAGCAACCAAACCACCUCAGCAGAAGCGUUGGGACCCGGACGCCCAGGAAGUCAGCCGUACUUCCUUGUGGUCUUACACUAACCUGGAAAGGGUGUGGAGAGCGUUAACCAAUGUUCAUCAAGCACUUUAUGCUCCUGAGGGGGCGGGGGAGGGAGAGGUGAGAUGUGAUUUAUGCAAGGUGUCUCUCCAGCUGGGACCCUGGAUAGCGGCUCCUGAGCCAUCCCCAGGGGAGGAGACAGCUGUGGACCUUGCCUUGGGGCUGAGGCCGCAGGCAACGGGGGACAGGGUAGCAAAGGGCGCCUGCUCUCUGGGGGGCUCCAGAGCAGCGAGCCCCGGACCUCUCCACCGGCUCUGUGCGAUGCUAUUUGUACAAGCUGUGGGCUGUGUGUUAGGAUGUGUGCAGGCACGGAAGCCAGGCAGGCAGCAGUGACCGCUGCUUCCGAGAGGAGCGUGGGGGACUUGCCUCUGUGCCGGUGAGGUGGCUCUGGGGCCCCAGCUCCCAGGUGACAGAAGACUCCUCCUCCACCUGCCACUUUCUUGUGCAGGUUCUUUGUGGGGAAAGCAGGGCGAGGUAGCACAGGCCCGGCUGAGGCAGUGGGCGCCUAGGGGGGCUUCUCAGGGCCUCCACGGCCAGGCCAGAGGAGGCAGCAAGGCCUCUCCACCAAGAACCAAAUUCAAGCAAAAUCAGGCCAAGGCCAGAAAGAGAGAAACACCUUUGUUUUUCUUCUUCUUUGCAUACACAGAAGCACCUGUGACUACUGGCAGUAGUACAACUAAGAUAACCUAGGAGGAGGUUCAACAGAGAGAAACGGAAGAGGACCCGAGUAAUUCUCUACUUUUUUUUCAAAUCAGAUAAGGCUCCAAAAAUGAGUGAUUACAAUAAAAAUCUUAGCUACUCAUCUGAUGUCUUGAUUUUAGUCGUCUAAUAAUCUUAGGAGACCAAAUGAGCCAAUCUAUUAGAAUUAGGCUACUCUGCCUCUUCAAAGCCUCGGAUUUGUAAUCUGCGCGAGUGCAUCAGUCAAAAAAAAUUUUCCCAUCUGGAGUCAUAACACAGAAAAAUGGAAGCUUGCAGGCAUGAGUGUUGCCGAGUUGCACAGUGUUUGCUCGUUAAAACAGUGCUGGCAGUGCAAGUACGAACGGAUGGUAAUUCCAGAACUGGUGUGCCGUUCAAGACGGAACUGGCUGGCACUAACCAGGAACAGGCACGUCUCUGAACUAGCGUGGGUGGGAUGGGACUGACACCAUAUGCAAGUUUUACAUCAAGUUAAUCUCAGAAACGAUGCUCAGAAAGUAGUUUUAGCCCCUGGGAAAAUUCGUCCAAGUCUUGAAACCUGUGCAGCUCUCGCUUGUUUCCCAGCCCAUGAGAGUGUCAGACAUGACACGGAUAACACGUGCCUGCCGCACUCAGAUCCAGCCAAGGGGGAGCGCCUCUCUGACCGCAAGUGCUCGUUACCGUUUGUGUACUCGUGGAAGUAUGUGUGUCUCUGUGUUUUGUGCAUGACUAUUUAAGGAAACUGGAAUUUUAAAACUACUUUUUAUACAAACUAAGAAGAUAUGCUACAGAUAUAAGGAAGACAUAGUUUGGUUCUACAUGUCUAGCCAUGAUGAAUGUAUUUUGUAUACUAUCUUCAUAUAAUAAAAUUAACAUCCAAAGUUA